AUGCGCAUAGAGCAGCGAUAUAUGUGUUUUGGAGAUGUUGACGCAACCCAAUCGAAGCAUCGUUGGUUGAAGAUUCGUCCAUUGGACAAUCCUGGACAAUCCUCUGGGCAAGGUGGUAACAACUCAAUGGCUGGGCGCCGUAUGAUGGGAAUAUUCUGUGAACUGGAUCUUUAUAUUUUACAUAAGCGGAGUUUCGGAUAA